AUGGGAAGCUGCGUCUCUAAGGGGAAAGAAGACGAUGAUUCAAUCCACAACGUUGAGUUUUCCGGCGGCAAUGUUCAUCUGAUCACAACAAAAGAGAGUUGGGAUGACAAAUUAGCAGAAGCUGAACGUGAUGGCAAAAUAGUGAUUGCAAAUUUCAGCGCGACUUGGUGUGGUCCUUGCAAGAUUGUGGCACCAUUUUACAUCGAGCUCUCAGAGAAACAUCCUUCUCUUAUGUUCCUUAUUGUAGAUGUUGAUGAACUCAGCGAUUUUAGCUCAUCGUGGGACAUAAAGGCAACACCAACAUUCUUCUUUCUAAAGAAUGGAGAGCAAAUAGGCAAGCUUGUGGGAGCAAACAAGCCGGAGCUACAGAAGAAGGUUACUUCCAUCAUUGAUUCCGUACCUGAAAGUCCACAACGGCCUUGA